CCGCCAGCCCCGCCCGGCGCGCGACAGGUGCGCGGGGCGCCCGAGAGCCCCGCCCCGGUGUCCCUGCCCUGCUCCCCACGCCGGAGCCAGCGCCCCGCAGCGGCCGGGCAGGACGCGCCGCCUCCGCCAGGGCCCGGGAAGCGCUCGGGCGAAGAGGAGGAGCCAAGGGCACCGAGCGGGUGGAGUCGGGAGACGAGAGCGGUGGAGGCGGAUUUCCUGGGCCUGGCUCCACGGGGCUACCAUGGCGUUUGGCAAGAGUCACCGGGAUCCCUACGCGACCUCCGUGGGCCACCUCAUAGAAAAGGCUACGUUUGCUGGAGUUCAGACUGAAGAUUGGGGACAGUUCAUGCACAUCUGUGACAUAAUUAACACUACCCAGGAUGGGCCGAAAGACGCAGUAAAAGCUUUGAAGAAAAGGAUUUCCAAAAACUACAAUCAUAAAGAAAUCCAACUAACUUUGUCACUUAUGGACAUGUGCAUGCAGAACUGUGGGCCAAGUUUGCAAUCUCUGAUUGUGAAGAAGGAAUUUGUUAAAGAGAGCCUAGUUAAGCUGCUGAAUCCCAGAUACAACUUGCCAUUAGACAUUCAGAACAGAAUCUUGAGUUUCAUUAAGAUUUGGUCACAGGGUUUCCCAGGCGGUGUGGAUGUAAGUGAAGUGAAAGAGGUAUACCUCGACUUGCUUAAGAAAGGUGUUCAGUUUCCCCCCUCAGAUGCAGAAGCAGAAACAGCGGGGCAGGAGACUUCUCAGAUCUCACCGAAUCCAACAUCUGUCCCUUCUGCACCAGCUCUUUCUCCUGUAGUUGUUCCCAAGAACUUGACUAUGACAUUGGUUCCAGAACAGAUUGGAAAAUUGCAUAGUGAGCUAGAUAUGGUGAAAAUGAACGUGCGCGUGAUGGCCGCCAUAUUGAUGGAGAAUGCGCCUGGGUCUGAAAACCAUGAAGACAUAGAGCUUCUGCAGAAACUUUAUAAUACGGGUCGGGAGAUGCAGGAGAGGAUCAUGGACCUGCUCGUGGUGGUGGAAAAUGAAGAUGUGACUGUGGAGCUAAUUGAAGUGAAUGAGGAUUUGAAUAAUGUCAUCCUUGGGUAUGAGAGGUUUAGUCGAAACCAACAAAGGAUUUUGGAGCAAAAUAACCAUAAGGAAGCUACCAAUACUACCAGUGAGCCCUCUGCCCCGUCUUGUGACCUCCUGGACCUAAGUCCCAGUUCUGUUCUCCCUGCUCAGGGAGAACACAGCACCAGGAACGCUGAGUUUCCAGACUUAAAUUUCAGUUCUCCAAGUCCUGAUGUAACAAACCACUUAAUACCCAGUCUUCAUCCACAGAUGGAUUUGCUAGCCUUGGAAAACACAGAAACACCCCUGUUUACCCAAAGGACUGGCCAAAAGCUCGCCUCAAGCCAUACAUAUGAUAAUGUUGUGGAAUACUCAAAUUCAGUAUUGCUACAGCCAGUCAGUGUCCAGUCUGCUGCAGCAGCACCAUCAAGCCAGAGGCCACCAUCUUUGCCCAGCAAUCAUCCAAGAGUGACAAAGGAAGAUUUCCAGCCACCCAAUUACUAUGAAGUAAUGGAGUUUGAUCCCUUAGCUCCUGCUGUCACCACAGAAGCUAUUUAUGAAGAAAUUGAUGUUCAUCACCACGAAGGAGAUCAAAGUGACAGUCACUGUUAAGGUGAAAGUGGAUGAACUGCUCAUAGCCACAAUCAAGGGUGCCAACCCGGUCCAACUUGAGGCCUGGAAGUCUGUUAACAUGUCAAAAGCCACAUUUCUACUCUGCUAUUAAGA